AUGAGUUUUUUAAGUCAUCCGCCACUGAUGAGUAUACAUGCGCAUAAUGAAGCCCAAGAAGCCAAGAGCAUUGUUGCUCGUUUGGAGCAAGGGCAGCGAAUAGCUUAUGUUUCUGACGCGGGCACACCAGGGAUUUCUGAUCCUUGUGCUUUGUUAGUCGAAGCAGUGAUUGCUGCGGGCUUGCGCGUUGUUCCGAUUCCCGGUGUCAGUGCUUUGACGACAGUCCUGUCGUGUGCAGGGAAAAUGGCUUAUCAUCAUGUUUUUGUUGGAUUUUUAUCGAGCAAGGGUAGCCGUAGUCGAGCCCAGCUUAUGCAAUUGGUUCAUUUGCCCUUUGCCAGUGUCAUUUAUGAGGCCCCACAUAGAAUUCAAUCCUUGUUAGAGGCGAUAUGUCGCAUUUACCCACCUGAGCGGAAAAUUGUGAUUGGUCGAGAGUUGACCAAACAAUACGAGACGCUUUACCACUUAAAAGUAGCU